AUGGAACAGCAGAAGAAAUUGCUUCCUAGAAUAUCCAGGUUCCUAGAAGGGGAGAUCGAACCACGUCACGCUGACCGGCUAUUGUUUAGCUGUUGUUUGACAUCGGGCCUCGUGGAUAGUACGAUAUACAAUGGAAAUACCAUCUUCGUGGGACUGGGCGCUUCCAAUCAAAAUCCGCGUGCGUAUGGAUGGGCACGCUCGUUGACAUCGAUCGGCUGCUUUGUUAUCGGUUGCUUCCUCUUUGCGCAGCUGAAUCGUCUUGUUGGAGCGCGGCGUCGAGGGUGCUUGAUGCUCUCUUUUCUCAUCCAGGCUAGUAUCAUCCUCAUCACCGCCGCUCUUGUUCAGGUGGGUGUCGUCUCGAGUGCCCUCGAUGACAGUCAGUCGCACAAAACACCUCAGUGGGACCAGGAGGUGCCGAUUGUGCUUCUCAGUUUUCAAUCGGCGGGUCAGAUCGUCGCCAGUCGCGCACUGGGAUUCAACGAGAUCCCGACCGUCGUGAUCACCAGUCUCCUCUGUGACCUGAUGUCAGACCCCAAGUUGUUCCUUCUGCAAAACAAAAAGCGGGAUCGGCGCAUCAUUGCGUUUGUUUGGACCUUGCUGGGCGCCAUCGCUGGGGGUUGGGUUACCAAGGCUACCCAGGAAAUCGCGCCGAUACUCUGGUUGUCGGCGGGGAUCAAGUUGAUAGUGGCAAUUUCAUGGGGGUUCUGGGAAACCAAGUCAUAA